AUGUGUAUUUGUGGUUCAAGUCUUGAGCUAAGGGACCGUUUCCCAUGUGAUUGGAGCAUUGUGGGGACUUCUAAAAAAGUUGUCAGAAAUGCAUUUUCUAAGCAAGAAUGUGCUCCUAAAGGCCUGAAAAAGAAACCAAUUAUUGCACUUUCAAAGAAGUUGUCCCGCGCUCCAGAUCUGAAUUAUUACUGUUCUUCAUCUAUUUGUAGUGUUAGUGGUGCUGGUGAUUUUUUGAGUUAUGGGAAGUUGCCAAGUGAUUAUAAGAUAAUUUGGAAGAAGGAAUAUUUUCGGUUGGUUCUUGUCGCCUGCAUUCUUCUUCUGAUGUUACUCAUUCUUGUGUCAUUGUCUCACAUUCGGUUUUUUCAGCUCCGUGUAGUAGAGAAAGUGCGCUGGAUUGUGCUUAUUAGUGGUGCUGAAAUGGAUACUGUAGAUAUCAAAUAUGUCAAAAAUGAUGAUGAUGGUGGAAGAUGGGUUGGUGUCUGGCGUCUCGUUCUACUGAAGCAUCCACCUUAUGAUAAGCCCAUAAGAAAUGGAAAAGUUCCCAAGAUUUUGACCCACAGAUUAUUUCCUCAAGCACAGUACAGCAUCUCGAUUGAUGGUAACGUGGAGCUUAUAGAUGAUCCAUUACUAAUUCUAGAAAGACCGUAUCAGGAAGUUCCUGCUAGGAGCGGAGGAUUGUCUUUUGAACUUCGUACAGUGUACCCCGAUCUCAUCUGGGUCAACAACCUGAGUUCGGAAUUUCGGAAACGGAUUGUAGAAAACAUCCCCGAAUUUAUGGACCGAGGGAUCGAUUUGGGGACUAAUAAUAAGCUUAUGGAGAGCGAUAUGCAACGGUCCGUUUCAUUACGGGCAAACCGUAGAGGAGGAGGAGACUACCGUAUCAAUAAUGAUAAAAAACCAUCAAAUGCUAGAGAUGUUGAAGUUGGUGGAGGUCUUUUUAGUUCUGGGAAGUUGCCAAGUGACUACCCGAUGAAAAUAAUUUGGAAGAGAGGAUUUAUUCGGUUGGUUCUUGUCGCUGGCAUUCUUUGGAUGUUACUCAUUCUUGUCGUGUUAUUGUUUCAUGUUUGGUCUUGUCAAUCUUCUUAUCUAUUCUUCUCAGCUAUCUGUAAUAAAGAAAGCAAGGUAUAUAACAUUUUAAACACGUGGGGAUUUGUGCCACAGCAACAUCGUUGUCCGAUCCCUGUUAUCAGUAACCCAGACAGAAUACUUAUUCCAGAGGGAAGAACGCAUGACCAAAUUGUUAAAAAUCUUUCCUAUGUUAUGGAGGAUAAGCCUGUGAAAGAUGGAUCUCAGUCAUCCCCAUUAUUUGGAGGACAUCAAAGCUGGAAACAAAGAGAGAAGAGUUUUAAACUAAGUUCUUCCAUGAAGGUGCAUUGUGGAUUUAUGCAUAAUGGUGGUGCAGAUAUGGAUCGAGUAGAUAUUAAAUAUGUCGAGAAAUGUAGGUUUGUGGUUGCAUCUGGAAUUUUUGAUGGAUAUGAUGUACCUCAUCAGCCCUCAAACAUAAGCGAACGCUCUAAGAAACUCUUUUGUUUUCUUAUGGUGGUGGAUGAGAUUUCUCUCGAUUUCAUAAAGAAAAAUGUUACUGUCAGGGAGGACCGCAAUGGGGGAAGGUGGGUUGGUAUCUGGCGUCUGAUUCUACUGAAGCAUUCACCUUAUGAUGAGCCCAGGAGGAAUGGGAAAGUUCCCAAGAUUUUAACCCACAGAUUAUUUCCUCAAGCACAGUACAGUAUCUGGAUUGAUGGUAAAAUGGAGCUGAUAGUUGAUCCAUUACAAAUUCUAGAAAGAUACUUAUGGCGUGGGAAGAAUACAUUUGCCAUUGCUCAGCACAAACAUCAUCGAAGCAUAUAUGAGGAGGCGGAUGCAAAUAAACGGAGGAAACGAUAUGCCCGGCCCCUCAUUGAACUCCACAUGAAAAUAUAUUAUUAUGAGGGGAUGGAGCCAUGGAGUCCAAAAAAAGUACUGUUAGUGGUCAACCUCUUCACACCAAGAGACCAAUUGAGUUUUGGCUAUGUUGUGUACAGAUUAGGAGGCGCAUUCAAGUUCUUUAUGUUUCCAAACUGCGAGUACAACUCGCUGUUUGUGUUGCAUCCACACACCCGAGAGCAUUCAUCAAAGGUAGAGUGGGUAAAAAAUAUUAGCGAAUUUGAGGGGAAAGGUAGCCGUAUGAAGGAGAGCAGAGGUGGACUAGGCUUGUGGACUCCUUAUCCUGGAGAUCUCCAUUCAGUUGUACUGCCAAAAGUAGAAAGAACAUCAAAAGCAGGCUGA